AUGACUAGUCUUAUUCUACUAAAUAAUAAUAAAUCAUUGGGUGGUUGGUAUUGGGUUUUUGAAAAUAUCGACGGAUGGAUUGAUGGAUGGAUGCAAGGAUAUAAUCCUACUACUACUACUACUACUACUACUCUCCUUCUCUUUCUCUAUUACCAAACCACUCUAUGCUGGCUGUCUGCUUUUAGAUUAGUUAAGGUUGUUGUACCGUCGUUUAAACUAUGUUCUGCAUUUAUAAUGACCAUUCGCUCAUCAUUAUCAUCAUGGACUAAAGAAAAGUGUAAAAAACGAGAUCUAAGAUUUCAAAUAGGGUCCACAACAACUUGUUUGAAAAACUAA